GAAAGACCUCAUGAAAUUGACCCAAUCUACCAUCGAUCACUUUAAACCUGUGACAAGAUGAAAUUAGAAGCUCAAGCGACAGAAUCAGAUCGUACGGAUCCUGCAUCGACAAAGCCCAGCAUGUACACAACAUCGUUCGCCUUCUUCGAGGCCCUGGUCGAAGCAGGCGUCAAGAACUGCUUCGUGAAUCUCGGGUCUGACCAUCCUAGUAUUCUUGAGGCUAUGGUGAAAGGUCAACGAGAAAUGCCAGAUAAAUUUCCCAGAAUCAUCACAUGUCCCAAUGAAAUGGUUGCGCUGUCCAUGGCAGAUGGAUAUGCGAGAUUGAGUGGCGAAGCGCAAUGUGUCAUUGUGCAUGUUGAUGUUGGCACUUCUGCUCUUGCGGCUGCUAUUCAUAACGCUGCUAUGGGAAGGGCACCGGUUUUGAUCUUUGCGGGGUUAUCGCCUUAUUCUAUUGAGGGAGAACUUCUUGGUUCGAGAACUGAGUUCAUCCACUGGAUUCAAGACGUUCCUGAUCAGAAACAAAUAGUCUCCCAGUACUGCCGUUACGUUGGUGAGAUCAAAACUGGAAAAAACGUCAAGCAAAUGGUCCGUCGCGCCCUGCAACUCGCCACAAGUCACCCCCAAGGACCCUCAUAUCUCAUGGGCGCCCGCGAAGUCAUGGAAGAAACCAUUGAGCCAUACACCAUCAACUCGGCCUUCUGGAAACCCGUCGCACCCGCCGCCCUCCCCCAAGAAGCCGUGCAAGAAAUCGCAGAAGCUCUGGUCAACGCUUCUGAUCCGUUGGUCAUCGUCGGUUUCACCGGUCGGAACCACGCUGCGGUUGAACCUCUCGUGGCGCUGGCGAAUACUAUCAAGGGCCUGAGGGUUCUUGAUACGGGAUGCUCGGAUAUGUGCUUCCCUGCAGAUCAUCCUGGCUGGCUGGGUAUGAAGUACGGCGUUGACUCGGCGAUUCAGAACGCCGAUGUUUUUCUUAUUUUGGAUUGCGAUGUUCCUUGGAUUAAUAAGCUUUGCAAACCAAAGAGUAAUGCGAGGAUCUUCCAUCUCGAUGUUGAUCCGUUGAAGGAGAGCAUGUUGGUCUUUUAUAUCGAUGCGGAACAGCGAUAUCGUGUUGAUGCGGAGAUUUCCCUCCGACAGAUCACAGAUUAUCUUCGGGCAUCACUUUCUGAGAAGCUUGCCACUUCAGAGUUUGAUCGUCGGGAACAAGCUCUCCAGAAAUCCUACACUGAACGGAUCCAGACGCUUGAUGCGAAGGCCAAGCCUCUCGACUCAGGCAAACUCACAACAGACUACGUCUGCUCCACGUUACGCGCCAAGUUACCCGAAGACACAAUCUGGGCCGUCGAGGCAAUCACAAAUAUGAUUUCAGUCGCAGAUCAAAUCCGAGCUACCAUUCCCGGACAAUGGAUCCACUGCGGCGGCGGCGGUCUCGGCUGGAGCGGCGGUGGCGCACUGGGUAUCAAACUAGCCGCCGACGCAGCAGAUGCUCUCAUCCCCGGUAAGCGCAAACGAUACGUUGUGCAAAUCGUAGGCGACGGGUCAUACAUGUUCUCUGUGCCCUCAAGCGUAUACUGGAUCUCCGCCCGGUAUGGCAUUCCCGUUCUGACCAUCGUCUUGAACAACCUUGGGUGGAAUGCGCCUAAACGGUCGAUGCUGCUGGUUCACCCUGAUGGUCCUGCGUCAAGGGCUACAAAUGAGGAGUUGAAUAUUUCGUUUGCGCCCAGUCCAGACUAUGCGGGCAUUGCGAAGGCUGCGAGCAAUGGGGUGAUCUUUGGUGCGAGGGUUGCUGAUAUCUCAGAGUUUCAGAGUGCGCUGGCUGGGGCGGUUGAGAGUUUGGACAGAGGCGUCUCUGCUGUAUUGGACGUGGCGAUUUAAAAGAUGAAUAGGUAUAAUAGUGAAAAAUAAAU